GGCGCGAUGGGCGGGGUGUUGCCCGAGCUGCGAUGGCUGCCCGCGGGUGUCCCGGGAUCAGAGCCGCCGGCCCCCCGCACAGCCCGGCCUCCUGACGCCGCCCGCGGGCGGGGUCCCCCGGGCCGCCUCCGCCGCCGUCAUGUAUCCGCCCGCGCCGCCCGCACCGCGGCGGGACUUCAUCUCCGUGACGCUGAGCCUUGACCAGCGCGACGACGGCAGCAAAACCCGGCGGCGCCGCUCGUGCUGGCGGGCAUGGAAGCAGCUGUCCCGGCUCCAGAGGAACGCGAUCCUCUCCGCCCUGGCCUUCCUGCUGUGCUGCGGGCUCCUGUCCUACCUCAGCGCGGCCGACCCGUGGACAGCCCCGAACGGCAGGCCAGCGGAGGAGCAGAAGGGGAGGCCCGCACACCCACCCGUCUUGCCGGCUCCUCGGAAGGCAGAUGCCGACCCGGGACAGGGCCCGCGGCUGCCGCCUCAGAAGCCUCAAAGGCACGUGCGGCGGGGCCCCCCCAACCUGCAGAUCAGAGCGCCCCACAGAGACGCGGGGGACAGGCGGCAGGAGGACGGCCGGAGGGACGAGGCGGCGGACGAGGCUCGCCAGGGAGAAGGCCCGCCGGGGACGGUCGUCAGCUGGCGGGGAGCAGUGAUUGAGCCGGAGCCACGCACCCAGGCGCCUUCCAGGAAGGCAGAGGCCCCUGCCCGGCCCUCUCUGCAGGCCCCCAGGAUUCAGAACCAACGAGCCUCCCCUAACGAGCGCCAGCAGGCCGUCGUGGACGCCUUCCGCCACGCCUGGGCCGGGUACCGCGCGUUUGCCUGGGGCCACGACGAGCUGAAGCCGGUGUCCAAGUCCUUCAGCGAGUGGUUCGGCCUCGGCCUCACGCUGGUCGACUCCCUAGACACCAUGUGGAUCCUGGGUCUGAAGAAAGAAUUCGGAGAAGCCCGGAGGUGGGUGUCCGAGAAGCUGCAGUUUCAGAAGGACGUGGACGUGAACCUGUUUGAGAGCACCAUCCGCAUUCUGGGGGGCCUGCUCAGUGCCUACCACCUGACGGGGGACGCGCUCUUCCUGCAGAAAGCCGAAGACUUUGGGAACCGGCUGAUGCCGGCGUUCCGCACGCCCUCCAAGAUCCCGUACUCCGACGUGAACAUCGGCACCGGCGUGGCCCACCCGCCCUGGUGGACGUCCGACAGCACGGUGGCCGAGGUGACGAGCAUCCAGCUGGAGUUCCGCGAGCUCUCUCGUCUCACGGGCGUCAAGAAAUUCCAGGAGGCCGCGGAGGAGGUGACCCGGCACGUCCACUCCCUGUCGGGGAAGAAGGACGGGCUGGUGCCCAUGUUCAUCAACACGCACAGCGGCCUCUUCACCCACGGAGGCGUGUUCACGCUGGGCGCCCGGGCCGACAGCUACUACGAGUGCCUGCUGAAGCAGUGGAUCCAGGGCCGGCGGCAGGACGCGCGGUUGCGGGACGACUACCUGGAGGCCGUGGAGGGGAUCAGGAGGCACCUGCUGCGCAGAUCGGAGCCCAGCAAGCUCACCUUCGUGGGGGAGCUCGCCCACGGCCGCUUCAGCGCCAAGAUGGACCACCUGGUGUGCUUCCUGCCAGGGACGCUGGCCCUGGGCGCCCACUACGGGCUGCCCGCUGACCACAUGGACCUGGCCCGGGCGCUCAUGGAAACCUGCUACCAGAUGAACAAGCAGAUGGCGACGGGGCUGAGCCCCGAGAUCGCGCACUUCAACCUGCACGCGCAGAAGGACCAGAAGGACGUGCAGGUCAAGCCGGCCGACAGGCACAACCUGCUGCGCCCCGAGACGGUGGAGAGCCUCUUCUACCUGUACCGCCUCACGGGGGACCGCACCUACCAGGACUGGGGCUGGGAGAUCCUGCAGAGCUUCAACGCCUACACGCGGGUCCCCUCGGGCGGCUACUCCUCCAUCAGCAACGUCCAGGACCCGCACAACCCACAGCCCAGGGACAAGAUGGAGAGCUUCUUCCUGGGGGAGACGCUCAAGUACCUGUUCCUGCUCUUCUCUGACGACAUGGAGCUGCUCAGCCUGGACUCCUACGUGUUCAACACCGAGGCCCACCCCCUGCCCAUCUGGGCCCCCGCGUAGGCGGGUCCAUGGGGCGCUGCCCUGGGGUCUCACUUCUGGUGUUGGAGGGGCCUGGCAGCAGGGCCCUGGCCCUGGAUAGGCCCACCCUCCUUUGACCUUGGCCGUGUGGUGUCGGCCCAGCUGGACAGCAGGCCAGGAGGCAGCUGGGCCGGGCCAUACCCGGGCUGUGAGGCGCUGGGUUGGCCGCGGGCAGCAGGUGUCUGCCCAGCUGUGGUUCCCUCGGGACAUCAUCGGGGACCAGGAGGGAGACCAGCGCUGUGCUCAGGGGUCCCGUCCACGGGCCGCCUCCUUCCUGAGGAUCUCGGAUCAUGGCUCACAUUCCUGAAACCUGGACAUCCUGCCAGCCAGCGCACAGGCCUCGGGGGGCCCAGCCUCGGGGUCCCCAGGCCCACAUGUUCAGGGCAACAGCGAGGGACCAGAGUGCAGCUUGGCCUCGGGGUCUGUCUGUGGCCCUGUCCGAGGUUGCGGGGUGUCUGUGGCCCCACUGACCGGGGCACCUGGCUGGCUGUGCUGUUUACGUGUUGGACUCAGGGAUCCCACGGGGCGGCGGGCAGGUGUGCCCUGCGCCCGGCCUCCCGAUGGGACGGACCUUCACUCGGGAUAAAGUAGAUCUGCUCCGCGC